UAGUAGUGCCACACUCAACCUGUGAUAGAGUACACGUCUUCUGCUUCUCUCACUCUAGUGCCAAGGCAUCGCAAUUGGGCGGAAGAGUCUGGCUAUCCACAUCAUUUAUCUUUGGCGAGGCAGUAGAGAUGGUGGAGACUAGAGAGGAGGCUGGGAUGGCUGCAAUCCAUCCAACACCUCCAGUUGUACAAGAACAGCUGGCUCAGCAAGCAAAGGAGAAAGAGUGUUCUACAAAUGAGGAAUUGAAAUCAGUCUCUAAUAAACCUGAAGUAAGCAAAACAAAAGAAUUAGCUAAAGAACUGGAAGCAACACAAGAGACUAGCACAGUGGACGAGUCUAAAAUAUCUGAAGAGAUGGAUGUUGCCAUUGAGGCAGCAUUGAGGAUAGACAGAAGGGUUGUGCCUGAGGGUGGAGAUGGCACACUCCCACAAGCACUGGCAGCUGAAGCAGAGUGGGAUCUUCAUGAAAAACCAGAGUGGGUUGACCGUGAUGUUCAAGCACUAAGGGAGAUGGUCGAAGCAGAGCCAACGUUACACUCGCGUUUGGACAAAGCCUUCCUCCUUGCAUUCCUGAGAGCCCGUAAAUUUGAUUAUGAUAAGGCAAUGGCUAUGAUACGCAGUUAUUAUAGAGCAAGGCAGGAAAAUGCAGAUAUGUACGUAGAACUGUACCCUUCUGCACUUGAUCAUGUAUGGCCUCUUCAGAUGCAGACUGUCCUUCCAACACCAGAUUGCUUAGGCAGGACUGUCCUAAUCUUUAGAACAGGAGCUUGGCUGCCAGAGGUCUGUGGCCUUGAUGAUGUGUUCAGGUCACAGGUUGUGAUGUUGGAACAUGUGGUUAGACUACCAGUCACACAACUUCGGGGAAUUGCAGCUAUUGUCGACUGUGCUGGGCUUUCCAUGACUCAUGCAUAUUAUCUGACUCCUACACACAUAAGAAGAAUGAUAUCUGUUAUACAGGAAGUGUUUCCCCUGAGGUUUAAGGCCUUGCACUUUGUCCAUGAACCUUCUAUAUUUGACUGGGUCUUCAGCCUCAUUAAACCAUUCCUCUCUGAAACUAUAAAAGGACGGUUACAUUUUCAUGGAGAAGAUCUGCCCUCUCUCCACCAAUACAUUCCUGCUGAGGAGUUACCAGAAGAGCUGGGGGGUAGCCGGCCUAUGGAUAAUACAUUCCUUGUGGAAAACCUUAAAAAGCAUGAGGAUUAUUUUAAAGAACAUUUCACUUAUGGAUUUGAAGUGUGUGAGGAACCCCCACGGCAGGGAACAAUGAUGGAAGCAGUCACAGAUGUUGGCAGUUUAAUUGGUAGCUACUAUAGAAGAAUGUGCAUAGACUAGUGCUAGCAGCCAUGCACUAGUGAUGUCUAGUGCUAUGAACAAGAUUGCCACAGUGGUGGUAAACUGUGAUGUAAUAACUGAUCGGUACAGUAUAACAGACUUAGCAUUUGUAUUAUGUGGGAGGGUGGCAAUAUUAAUUGUAUAUUCUCAGGGAAAGAUAUUGCCUUGGUUAAAAAUAAAACCUUGGUGGAUAAACACUGUUACAAGUUAAGAAAUUGGAAAUACGUAAGUAACUGUUUUGUUGUGGUGCUCAUAACUUGUAAAGUAACAAGUGGACACUGGUCUGUCCUUGCAAGUGCCAAGCUGCUCAUCUUAUUGCACAAGUUUUUCUUGCACAUGAUGCCCAAUGGCAAUUCAUUGGCAAAAUUUGCUGCAGACCCAGAGAAUAGUUAAGUCAUCACAUCUUGAAUAACCCCUACAUUCCUAUAGGAUUUGUGAAUGUAAAUUCAUUGGAUUAGUUGCUAUUGGCAUUAUUUAUUAUUGAAGUUAAGUUGUAUAAUUAAUGGGUGCAAGUUUAUACUUUAUGCUUGACGAAGUUGAUUAACUUGGCCUACUCUAUUGACAAGACCAUUUCAGGUGUCAGUGUACCGCCCUGUGUCCAAUGUACAAACCUGGAAAGUUUAAAUGAAAAUGUUUGUACAAUAAUUUUACUAAAUUAUGGUUAAUAUCUUCCACUUUAGAUUCUUGUGCUGGUAAUAUUCGGUACGUCAGUAGAAUGUAGUAGGUCCAUUACAAUUUGAUACAGAGCAUAUUUUAUUAAAUUUGCCUAAUAAAGGGUAUAUUUAAAAGAUGUAGAUUUCUGUUGAACCCUGAGUAAAAUUAUCCUCAAAAAGCUGUUGUAAUACAAAGUAGGCAGAGAUUAGAAUAAUUUUAAUACAGCUUAGAUUUCCUUUGAAUGCCCACAAAACUUUUAAUUUCUAGUUGUAAAUUAUUGGGUAUUAACAUGACACACAAAAUACUAUUAAAUCCUGCUAAUUGUUGAUCCAGAACUAAUCUAUCUACAGUGUCAAAAUACUGCAGACCAUAAUUAACCCUUUGAGGGUUUUGGUCGUACUAGUACGUCUUACGCGUAGGGGUUUUUGACGUACUAGUACUCAUAAAUUCUAGCGGCCUCAAAUCUAGUGGGAGAAAGCUGGUAGGCCUUCAUAUGAAAGAAUGGGUCUAUGUGGUCAGUGUGCACAGUCUAAAAAAAAUCCUGCAGCACACAGUGCAUAAUGAGAAAAAAAAAACUUUGACCAUUUUUUUUUUAAUAAAUCAGCGACUUUGCAGUGUAUUUUCGUAUGGUUUUUAUUGUUGUAUUCUAGUUUUCUUGGUCUCAUUUUAUAGAAUGGAAGACAUAUUACAGAAAUUGAGGUGAUUUUGACUGGUUUUACAAUGAAAAGUGCCUUGAAAUUGAGCUCAAAGUAGCAGAAGUGUUCGAUUUUUACCAAACUUCAAAAGUAAACAAAUCGUGCCAAGCGUGCAAUACACGUCAACUGGUGAGUCUAAUAUUCUUUCACAAGUGCACCAAUAAUAUUUAUACCAUUUUUUACACUAAUGCAGUAGUCUGCAUAACAGUAAAUCUUAUAUUUUUUGUGAAAAUAAAAAUUCAAAGUGGAAAGCAAAAGAAUAUAAGAGGGGCCUUGAGACGUGACUAAUGACUAGAGGAAAUGUCAUUUUAGUGCCAGGAAUGUCUUUCUUGUUUAUUCUGGACCUUAUUCGGAAAUUGGCAUCUUUUGAAAUUUGUGUGAAAUUGGCAAAAUUGCUAAAUUCUGACCACUGUACUGGAUAGUUGAAUUUCAUAAAUGGGUGGUUUCUUGCACCCAUUCGAUAGAAAAAAUGGAGUUCUAGCGAAAUAUUCAUGUUUUUUGUCGACUAGUACAGUGAAAUUGGCCGAAAAUGGGGCUCAAAGUGGGCAAAAUCGCCGAUGCGUAAACAUCGCCGAGACCGCUAACUUUGCGAGAGCAUAAUUCCGUAAGUUUUCUAUCAAAUUUCAAACUUUUGGUGUCUUUAUGAUCGGGAAAAGAUUCUCUAUCUUUUCAUAAGAGAAAAUAAUUUUUUUUUUUUUUUUAAAUUUGGCCAACCCUGAGAACGAGUUUCGGAGAUGGCCUGUCGACCCUCAAAGGGUUAAAAGCACUGUAAACCUUGCCAAAACAUCUCUUUUUAUAAAAUGGUUGAAUAACAUUUCCAGAUGACUAGGAAAACAUGGUGAACAUUAAUCCUACAAGAAUCAUUAAAUACUAAAAUCUUUUUCAUAAUGCCUAGAUAAAUUGCAAAAAAAUGACUAUGUAAAAAAAAAAAAAAAAAAAAAAAAAAAAGGGGGGGGGGGGGAGGAGGGACUUUGGUGGUACUACAAUUUACUUUAAAGUGCCAUGGAAAAUUAUGAGUACACAUUUCCACUAAGUACUAAUCCUUUUACAACUAAAUGAAAUGCUGAAUUCCACACAUUAACCUAAAAAAUUUUGGUGACUGACUUGAUCAUAAACUACAGUAAAACAUUUAAAUCUUAUGAUUGCAAGACACAUGAGCCAUAGUCAGCCAGUUGACUGUUCCAGUUUACUAAACAUGCACCCUGAAUAAAUUAUGGAUAUGGAUUGUGGAAAGUCAAAAAUACUUUGAAUAAUUUUACUUUGGAAUUAAGAUUUAUGUAAUAAGAGUGAAUUGGUCAUGACUAUAGCAAGUUGACAGUGUAAAUUUGACAGUGUUAGAAACUGAUAUGUUUACAAAGUGCUGAUUAAGUAAAUUGUUCUGGCUCAUCUGGUUAGCUGGAUGAGUCCUAGCGGAGGGAAGUAAUGCCUUCACUUUGAAGGAAAGGUGGAAAUGUAUUGUUUGGAGGGUCCUACACACUGAGGUGUCAGCACACUUCUGGCAAGACAGCAAUUGAAUGAAUAAUGGGCAAAUUGUUUCUUCUGUUUUGGGUCACCCUGCCUCUGUGGGAGACAGCUGGUGUGUUAAGAAAAAAAGUGUAAGGUAUAAUUGCAUAUUUAAAUGGAGCGGUCAUGACUCUCCAAAUUGCUUCCCUCAUGAUCCCACACAAUGGGAUAACUUCAGGAGUGCCUUGAUGCUUGUGAAGGGCUCUUGAUCCAAGAAAUUAGAGCUACCCUCCCAUUCCUUGUUUUAAACCUAAUUACUUCCCAUUGCCUGGUUAAGACCCAUAGAAGGCUUCUGAUUACAUGAAAUAAUACAUUCACUGUCCCUUUUCUCUCUCGUGUGGCACUAGCCCAAACUCAUUCUUUAACCCUUUCAGUGGCCGUCACAUAGAAAUAAAUCAUUAGGCCAGGGUCCCUCGCAAAGUUUUGUCAUGAGCUUGGUUCUGAUAAGCUGUGAGCAGUAAAUUUUGGCCUAGAUGUGAGAGAAUGGGUCUGUGUGGUGAGUGUGCACAGUAUAAAAAAAAAAAAAAAAAAAAAAAAAAAAAAUGCCCCCACAUAGUGUAUGAUGGGAAAAGUCAAACUGACUGUGAUUUCUUGGUGUCAGUUGAUAGAUUGGAAGACACUACUGAAAUAGAAGUGAUUUUAGAUUGGUUCAGGACCAUAAUUAGCUUGAAAUCGAGCUCAGAGUAGCAGAAAUGUUUGAUUUUUGCCAUUAAACAGACCCCCAGUCUGGUUUAUGGGUUAAAAAAAGGAAAAAAUAUUUCUUUGCAAAGGUUACAAUGUGUAAUUACAAUUUUGAUUUAACCCUUAAACUGUCCAAACGUAGACCCACGUUUUAUUUUUAUAGCCUCCAAAUUUGGCAUGAUUGGCCUGAGAUGCCUGGUCAGUAUGUAUAGAAUGGGUCUUAACACUCCGUUUGCUCAGUAUUAAAAAAAUCUGGGACCACUUAGUACCUUGCGGGAGCACCAGUUCAAUUGAGCGCCAGCUAGAGCAAAUAGCAUGGCAAACACCAGGGGAUUCACUGAUGUCGUGUCGUAUUAACACUCCCCUUUUAAGAGAAAAGUGAUGGAUGUGGCCACAAGUGGUUGAGGAAAUAUCAAAAACCUCGAUAAUAACCCAUGUGUAAUGUUUGUGCGAUAUACUUUCAUUUUUGAUACCUCUAGUAGUGUCAUCCUGCCCUAGUGUCAUAACCUAUGCCCUAAGUAAAGAGAAACGAUUCUGGUACAUGUGUAAUACGUAUUUGGCUGGCUGGGUGGCUGACUGACUUUGGCUGUCUCUGUAUCUGUCUGUGUUUAUAUAUAUCUAUCACUGUCUCUCACAUGUACACACAAGUACAGUUAUUAUACAUAGUGUAACUUACCUAGGAUAACCCAAAAAUUCCAGGCAAAUUGCUAUACAGUGCUUGUAGAUAUGACAUAAUAAGCAUGACUGGCAAGUAAUACGCAUUUUCACGAAUCAGACGUGAUGACUGCAUUGUAUGUAAUACCUGUUGGUUUACAAGCCGCUCCCUGAGACUGAGAUAAGCAGACGCACAAACAUGGGCAGACAGAAAGGCCAAGAUACACAGGCAGACCAAGAAACACAGGCAAACAGACUUGAGACACAGAAAGACCGAGACACACGGGCAGACAGAAAGACCGAGACGUGCGCACACACAGGCAGACAGACCGAGAUGCGCACACAGGCACAGAAAGACAGAUAAGCAGAGCUAAACAGACAGACAAAUACAGAUACAGACAUGCAUGUUUAUGUGUAACAGUGAAAACAAAGCCAGGGUUCCCUGCAGAAGUGCAUGAUCAUCAAGAGUCACUCCAUUCCUACACUGUCAGCAGUUUAGUGACACUCGUCGUAACACCAUGCUUGGUUAUGUGGUUAUGAGAAAGGUGGGGUAGUGGUCUGUAGUGUUGUCUGUGAUUAUACCUGUUUGUAGUGGAGAUAUCGUGUUGGUCCAGAUAUGGUCAAGUAAUGAGGCACUUGUCCUGGAGAUUCUUGUUGGUUUAGUUAUAGAAGGUAGUAGAAAGCAGUUAUAAUUCAGUUAAUGGGGCACCAUAAAUCAUAACUAGUCAUUCCUGGUUGUAUUUUAUUGUCCCAAGAAAUAAAGUAAAUCUUCUAUUUUUGUGUGAUUAACCAUUUCAGUGUUGCGACCUCUGCUUGCAAACUUGCUCCCGGGGUUAAAGUGUAAAAAAAAAAAAAAAUAAUUAUGAAAUGAUGAUCUUUUUCCCAAGAUAACGAAACCAAAAGUACGAAAUUUGAUGGAAAACUUGUGGAAUCGAGCUCUUUUGAAGGUAGUGGUCUUGGCAAUAUUUAUGCAUCGGCAAUUUUGCCCAAUUUACACUAUUUUGGCCAAUUCCAUUGUUCCAAUCAACCAAAUUCGUAGCUAUUUCACUAGUAUUCCUCCUAUUCUAUCGAAUGAGUACAAGAAACCGUGCAUUUACAUAUUUCAACUAUUCAAUAAAGUGAUCAGAGAUGGGUAAUUUGGCCAAUUUCACACAAUUAAACAAUUGCCAAUUUGAAAAUAAGGUCCAAAAUAAACAGUAGACUUUCCCGGCAUUAAAUAAACAUUUCCUCUACUACUCAGUCACAUUUUGAGGCCCCUCUUAUAUUAUUACGCUUGCUUUUCAUUUUGAAGUUUUUAUUCACAAAAAAUAGAAAAUUUAUGCAGACUGCUGCAUUAUUGUAAUUGUAUAAAUGAGGUCAGUGUGUUCCUAAAUAUGCAUUAGACUGGCCAGUUGGAUGUGUAUUAGACAAGCGAUAUCAUUUGUGUACUCUGGAAUGUCUGCAAAAAAUCAAACAUUUUCACUACUUUGAGCUCAACUUCAAGCUACUUUGUCUUGAAACUAAUCAAAAUCAUCUCUAUUUCUGUAAUAUAUCUUCCAUUCUAUCAAAUGAGACCAAGAAACCUAGAAUAGAGCCAUAAAAACCCACACGAAAAUACACUGCAAAGUCGCUGUUUUAAACCACAAACACGGUUGCAGUUUUUUUGCCUUGUGCACUGCAUGCAGCAGGUUUUUUUUUAUAUAGUGCACACUUACAUACAUACAUACUCAUUCUCUCAUCUCUAAACUCAGAUUUACUGCUCAUAGCUUAUCUGAAAGAGCUGAGCUCAUGGCAUCAUACUAUGGGACAGACACCAACUUCAAAGCCCUCAUACAACAGGACCAACACUGAAAAGGUUAAGAAUUCAGAAUGGAAGAGUGUAAUAUAGGAGAGGCCUAGGGACAUGUUUAAUGAACAGAGAAAGUGGUGUUUUAAUGACAGGGGUACAAGUUUAGCACUUUGUUUUUAUUACGAUAAUUUAGUGGCAGGAAAGUUUACAUAGUUUUAUUUUGGAAUCUGUUUUUGAAUUGUGUAUAAAUGUGCCAAAUUACUGAAUUCUGGGCACUUUAUGAGGUAGUUGCAAUAGUUGAAUGGGUGGUGUCUUGUCCUCAGUUAAUAGAAGGGAAGGCAUACUAGUGAAAUAGCCAAGAAUUAGAUCAAAUUGAGCAACAUAAUUAAUUUAAAAUAGGACUCGGCAGGCGAUCACCAAUGCAUAAAUUGCGCUGAGACUGCUGAAUUUGCACAUACUUAGUUCCAUAAGUUUUCCAUCAAAUUUUUUACUCUUGGUGCCAAUACCUUAAGAAAAAUUUCUAUCAAUAUUAGAUUUUUUUUAAAGUGGGCAGAGCAAUAUUAACCCGUAAACGGUCCAAACGUAUAUAUACGUUCACUACAGUACUGCCCCAACUUUUUUGAGAAAAAAAACAUUGUUGUUUUUUAAUAGGAAAAAAGAGCAUAUGGUACCCAGGCAUCCCCAAUUAUUUUAAUAUGGUGCACAGUGAGUGCUCACACCCAUUCUCACAUGUCUAGGCGACUCAGGCUUAUCGUGGCAAUGUUAAAUGUAGGACACACAAAACGUAUAUAUACGUUUGGGGCACUAGCGGUAAAAACGUAUAUAUACGUUUGGACCGUUUACGGGGGAUCUGGACAGUGAAAGGGUUAUCUAAUUUUUUUAUCUACACUUAAAUAGUAAAAUAUGUUCACCAGGCAAAUCCCUCGAGGGAGGUUCCUUGAUGCUUGUACAGGGCUCAUGCUCAAAGGAAAUGGACCUGCCUUUCCCUUGGAUCAAACCUGGUUGCUUCCCAUUCUCCCAUGUGUUUUAUGACCCCAAGCCACUUGAGUGCUUCCCCCUAAACAUAAUCAUCUCCAGGUAACUUGCCACAUACUAAAUUAUUUCCUUAAAUUCCACUAUCCAUCAAGGGAGGUAAUUUGACAAGUUCUUGAUCCAAGGAAUUUGAGCUACCAUCCUCUUCUGAUCAGGCUGGCUUAGUGUGAUAGUGUUUGCUGAUUUUAUCUUCAAUAUUUUUUUUUUUUUUUUCAAAUAGCAUGAAUGAUUAUCCCGGUCAGUGCUGUUCCAAUUUCAAGCUGCCUGCCUCAGAUCAGACCCAGUUGCCUUUCCAUCCCAGGCAUUGUUUGCAACCCCCCCUCCCCCCCAACUGCUUGUAUUUGCACUUCCCCAUGAAUAUAAUUUUUUCCAUCUUAUUCAUUGUCACCAGUCAUGUUAUUCACCUGACAAACUGCUGCCCUUAAACACCAGAUAUGGUACAUGUUCUUACACUUUAGCACUUCAAUCUUUAAUUCCACAAUUUUAACUUGGGUUGCUAUAAGGAGACUACAAAAUUGCAAUGAAAAUAUUUUAUUUAAAUAUACUUUUGGAGAUCUAUAUAUUUUAAUUUGCAUAUAAAACAUUUAAUACAAAAAAUAUGGCAUACAGUGGUACCUUGAAUUUCGUCCGAAAUUCGUUCCAGAAGGCUGUUCGAGUGCCAUUACCAAACGAAUUUGUUCCCAUAAGGAAUAAUGUAAAUUAGAUUAGUCCGUUUCAGACCCCCAAAAAUGCACUUACAAAAAUACACUUACAUAAUUGUUUGAGUUGGGAGCUGUUCAAAAUUUGAGGUACCACUGUAGUACUUCUAAUGUACACAUUACUAUAAAUUACAACAUUAACUAUUAUUAAUAGUCUUAAUACAUUUAAAUUAUACGUGCUUACUGGCAAGUCAAGUGCUUGCCAAAACUGACUGAGGGAAUGGAGAAGAAACUAUUAAGAAGUUACCAUAAAGCAGUAGUUCCCUGAGGGUGUGGCAUGCUACAUGGUGCAGCGAGAGAAGAUGGCAAGUGUGGGUUUCUAUAUGUGAAUGUUUAGAUGUUUUUGAUUAUCCUUGAAUCUUCCUGCCACACUUGCCAUCCUCUCUUGCCACACUGCACCCUUUGGGAACCACUGCCAUAAAAUAUUGUUAAAUAUUUGCUCUGCUCUAGUCUCGGAGUGGCUGUAUGUUAAAAGCAGAGUUCUUCGGGAAUCAGUCCCUGUAUGGGUAAUUCAGUACUGAACUUAAUAAAUGAUAUUGAAAAGGUGGGUAGAAUCUAAAAUUGCAAAAUAUGCUGAUGACAAAAAUGGUGGGGAGGGGUUAAUAUGCAUGACUAGGUAGGCUCAGCACUUGUCAUUACUUGCAGCAAGAGCGAAGAUAAUCACUUCAUUUUAAACCUGUAAAUCUUAAGACAAAUUUUUGUGAAUGUAAAGAUGCUAAUAAAUUAUAUAAAGAUCUUGCUGUGUUGCCUGGAUUUUCUAUAUUAUAACAAUGCUUCCAUUUGUAUUUUGUUGAAAGUUCUGACCCUUUUGGGUUUAGUGCUUACUUUGAUUAUAAUUUGCUGAAAAUCUUGAAUAUAUCACAGGAACAGGUCUCUUAUUUGUAUUUAAAUAUGAAAAUAUUAAAUCUGUAAUAAGUCCAUGACCAAUUAUCUGAUGGUCAAACCAGUAAAAUCUAUCUUGCUUUUGUUGGCAAGGCUGAUGCUGUAUACAGAGGAAAAAAACAAAGGUUAGAUUAUACUUAAUAUGUAUAAAAAGAAAAUAUUACACUGUCAGAUGUAAUAUUUUCCUAUUUAUCACAUCAGAAAUUAUAGAGAUAAGCUGAAGUUCAUGCAGAUUCUGGCAUGUUUUGAUACUACUAGAAUAGUUAAAAGGCAAAUUUUCAGGUAGUGUAAAAAUUAACUACCUAAUAAAUCUUGGUGUAAUAUUUUUUUAAUAAAGAGCAUACAGGUUUUAAUUGUGUACUUUAACUUGAACAAUUAAUGCAAUUUAUUAAAAAUCUAUGAUACUGUAAUCUUCUUUACACUAAAUCAUAUUGCUACUUCAAAUACUAAUUUUAAGGUGUUGCAAUUCUGUAUCAUUCAAACUUUUAUUGGGUAUAAACACCUUUAAAAUAAUGAAUUCACCUUUUUAAUAUUUAAAAUUUUAAACUAUAAUACAUAGCCAGUGAGGGGCUCUUGAUCCAAGAAUUGACUAUGAAUACCUCCCAUACCCCCAGGAGCCAUAUGACCCCCAUAGGUUUAGGGCCCCCCUCCCCCAGUAAAUGUAAUGUGUGAUAAAUACUCCAGCAGACUUAUCUUAAUAGAUGUUUUUAACAUUCUGUAAACCUGAAAUAUUUAUCAGAGGUAGAGUACCAACAACACAGUAUUUCAUAGUUAGGGGCAUCUCAUUGCCAUAUAUAUCUUAGGUAAAUACACAAUUGGAACAUUUGGAUACUUCAUUUGUGCAUUUUUCUGGCUGGGAGCUUUGCCAAAGCUUGAAAGCUCUGUGAGUGAAAUGCAGCCUAAAUAAAAUAUCCAAACACUGCCAAUGAAUUUGUUUACCUAAGUUGGUUGUAAGUAUAUACAUACCAUUCGUACUGUACUAUUAUGGUUAAGAACAGUUCUAACACUAUGAAAAAACUAUGGCUACUGAAUUCUCUUUAGUGUUAAGCUGGUAUAUUAUUAUUGUCUUUGCAUUAGAUAUGGGGUCAAUUGUCACAGUGCUUUUGCAUUCAAUUAAAAUUUGUUACAUUUCAGACAGUAUUUGUUACUUUAUUAGUAUAUGCUAAUAUUUUUUUUUACAUUGUAAAGAAAUAGUUGUAUUAAGGAAGUGAAAAAUAAAUUGUUGCAAGCACCCAGUUUUCACACUUGGUUAAAAAAAAAAAAUGUUAGCUCAAGUGUUGUAUGUCUUAUUAGGCAAUUCUUACCUUUUAUGGGGAAGCACUAAUCCCAUUGGGGUCAUACAGUGCCUGGGGAAUGGGAGGCAAUCAGGUUUUAAUUAAAGGACAAGCAGCACAGCUUCAAUUCCUUGGAUCUAAAAUCCUUCACCAUUGUCCAAAAAACAAACAAAAAGGCAAUUCAAAAUCCAGUCUUUAGGUAAAAUGGAACACAACUGAACAUGUACCAUUCAAAAAUUUUUAUUACAUCCUUUAAAUCCAGUGUCUGGUUACCGAAAUAACUGAAAUGCACAAUAAAACUAGUGAUAAGGUGAUAAUUAUAUAUUUGUAGUAUAUACAAUCUUAUUUGUACAUAUUUUACAAUUUCCUGUGCACUAGCAUUUAAAAAAAAAAUGCAUAAAAUAAUGAACGCUAUAAAAUUAUAAGCUUAUUUUUAAGAGUAUUUCAGAGGGACAACUGUACAGUGAUAUUCUUGACAUGAACAUUUUUUCCCUUGAAAAGGUAAAAAUGGCAUGUUAGCAUGUAUGAUCUAGUCUGUAUGUCCCUUUUGAGUUUAGCAUUUAUCUUUAUAAUAAAGGGCUAGUCACUCGUGUAAAGGCAUUAGAGAGGAGCAUUUUCAGAAUUACAAUAUUCUAUUCCAUCUCCUUGAAGGGAGAUAGCGGGAGUUAAAAUGAUCCUCUUUAGUGCUGUUUGUGAAUGUAAGUGAUCCAAAAUGCAAUGAAACUCCAGGGAUAAAUUUAUGCAAAUCUAGAAUGUAACAGCAUGCUUUGUGCUCUUGAUGUACUGGUAAUUAUGGUACUUAUGACCCCUGUGGGUUUAGUACUUACCUGUGAUUAUAAUUGUAUUAUGGUAUGCAUUUGUUAAACAGUAUAUGUACUAUAUAAUUCAAGUGCUCAUUACUGAUGAAUUAUGGAGAUGUGUUUAGCCUUCAAAGAACUGUACAAAUGGGUAAUGGCUAGCGGGUUCUAGGCCUCACCUCUUAUCAGAAAACACACUUUUCCUGGAGGGAAACACUUUUAUUAAUCAUGACAAAAAGACAAUAAAAAUUUAUAAUUA